CAGUGUGUUUCUGUCGAGAACAUUACAGCAGUUUGGAAUGGAGCUGGUUUCUCUGUCUUUGCUGUCUUUCUUGCUUUGGGGCUUUCAGCUGGACCCUGGAGCCCCAGCUCCAGCCUCAGGCCCGGUGUUUCUCUCAGGUCAGGCAGCCGACAGCGUUCUUCGGAGGCACAAACGCCAUAACACAGGGUUGUUUGAGGAGCUGCUGGAAGGCAACUUGGAGAGAGAGUGUAUUAAGGAAGUCUGUGACUUGGAAGAGGCCAGGGAGUUCUUUGAGAAUGAUGAAGAGACAAUGGAGUUCUGGGCAGGAUAUGUAGAUGGCAAUCAGUGUAAGCCAAAUCCCUGUCAGAACCAGGGGUCAUGUGAAGACCAUCGUGGCUCCUACACCUGCAAAUGUCCGUCUGGCUUCACUGGGAGGAACUGUGAGAUUGUUAUAGAAAAAAGAUGUGACAUGAACAAUGGAGACUGUAUGCACUUCUGUGAGUCACUGGGAACCUUUGGAGCAAAAUGUUCCUGUGCGACAGGAUACAGGCUGAUGGAGGACGGGGUCAACUGUGAAUCAGAAGCUGAAUUCCCGUGUGGCAGAACUGCUCUGACAGCAAUAAGUACAGUAUCCAGAAGGUCUCUGCUCGGCCAUGAGAAUGCAAGCCUGCAGAACACAACCUCACUGACCAACGUUACCACCACUAACUCCCCUCCCUCAACUCCUGCCAGUAUCGAAGCGUCUGUUCCAGCCACAACUCAUUCUGCAGAAAACGUGUCUCGAAAGAAACUGCCCCUGUGGGUGUACAGUGACGCUGAGGUCCCCAUUGAGGAACCGCUUCGUCCCCGUAAACGCAUCGUAGGGGGCGCGGUGGUCAUUCCGGGAGAGAUCCCAUGGCAGGUGGCCUUGAUACUACGUACCGGUGGUCAGUUAUUCUGUGGGGGCUCCAUUCUAAGCGAAAGGUGGGUUAUCACUGCUGCUCACUGCCUGGUGCAGGUACAAGGCUCCUUCUUCGUCAGAGUGGGAGAGCAUAACAUCUACAUCAACGAGGGCACAGAGCAGGAUCAUGACGUGUUGGAGCAGCACCUACACCCACGCUACAACACCAGUAUAAGCCUGUACAACCAUGAUAUUGCCCUGGUGUACCUCAAAACCCCCAUCACCUUCUCCACAACAGUGCGACCCAUCUGCAUAGGGCCCAGGACAUUCACUGAGGCCCUACUGAAGGGCUCCUCCCCGGCUACAGUCAGCGGCUGGGGCCGUACACGCUUCCUUGGAUCCACGGCUAACACGCUGCAGAAGGUCGAGGUUCCCCUCGUAGAUCGGACAGAGUGUAAGCAAAGCACCAGUGCCAGGAUCACUCCUGUCAUGUUUUGUGCUGGAUAUGAUACCGAGGCCAAAGAUGCCUGUCAGGGGGACAGUGGAGGCCCUCACGCAAACCGCAUUCAUGACACAUGGUUCCUGACUGGCAUUGUAAGCUGGGGGGAAGAAUGCGCAAAGGAUGGGAAAUAUGUGACUGACAUUCGGCUCCCAAAAGAUCCUCAGGAGAAUGACAGUGUUUUGUGUACUGUGGUACGCACCUCGGAUUUGUUUACGCGCACACACCGAGGAAUACAUUGCCAUCAAUCUCCAUCAUGUCCACCUGUGUCUUACAUUACGAUCACUGACAUGUCAACUGCUGCCCGCGUGCAGGGGAUGGAGCGCCAGAAGGACAACAUACUCAUCACCAAUCAGAAGAGAGAAAGACCCAUCAGGCUCAAGGGAUUGGCUAUUGAUUGUCCAAGAGGGCUGAACAGUUCCCGUGCUUUUGCAGUGGUGCCACUGCAAACCUUCACUAUCAGAAAACACUGGCCCAGGAGAUUGUCAAUCAAAACCUGGAGGAAAAUCACGUCUGUAGAUUCCCACUUUUUUUUUUCUUUCUUUUUAAUGAGUAAACUGUGCUGAAGAAAGCAGAUGACACCAGGGAGUGAG